GGCGCCGCCGCCGCCGCAGCCCGGGCGCCCCAGUCAGGCGAGCGCGGGAGCGGGAGCGGGCGCCUGCCUGCCUCUGCUCUCUUCCCGGCCGGGUUCUGCCCCAGCAAGGCGGCGAGCGGCCGGGGAACCACGCGCGCCUCGCGGUUGCCGGCAGCUGCCGGGAUGUCCCGGGCUGGGCUUUCCGCCUAGGCUGAGAGGCAAAGCAAGCCAGGCAGGCAGGCAGGCAUUCGUCCGGCGCAGCGCGGCGACAACGACGCUCCAGCUCUCCCCCGAUGCGCUUUGGCCGCCGCCUCCUGCCGGCUGCGCGCAUAAGGAGGAGCGCCAGCGCCGCCUCGGCGGGAUGUCUCAGGGCGCGCCGGCGGCGAGCACUUUGCGAAGGAGCUCCUCUUCGGAGGGGACGCAGCAGGGUCAUGAAGACGAUGAAAGGAAAGUACGACGGAGAGAGAAGAACAGAGUUGCGGCCCAGAGGAGCAGAAAGAAACAAACACAGAAAGCAGAUAAACUCCACGAGGAAUACGAGUGCCUUGAGCAAGAGAAUAUCUCCCUGAAAAAAGAAAUUGGAAAGCUGACCGACGAAAUGAAACACUUGAGCGAAGUCUUGAGGAACCACGAAAAAGUCUGCCCUCUGUUACACUGCUCUUUAAACUUUGGCUUGAUUCCUAGACACGAUGUCCUCAGUGGCCCCUUGCCAAGAUGAGGAGGCCACCUUCAGAGGAUCUGCAAGUUCUACUGAUACGAGAGAGUUUUCGAGAGCCUCUUUCUUUUCCACCAUGCUUCAUGGACAUGACAAGCACUCUUGCAACUUGCGACUGCAUUCCCACUGCGAAAGUCUAGUAAAUAAUCAAGAUGCUG